AUGGGGUACUUAAAGUCUAUCGGUACCGUGAUAAUAUAUAUUAGUUUUUUCUUAACUGUCAUUACCUUUUUACCGGGUUUACCGCCGGAAGCAGAAUAUUCCGAAUAUAGCAUAAAGUUCCCUUCGGAUGUGCAACUGAAAUACGAAACGAAAACUCGAUUACAAGAACCUGAAAUAUUAUUCUCAGGAGAGAUUAAAGGUCCAGAAGAUAUUGCAUCGUUCAACGGGGAAAUAUAUACUGGCAUACGUGGGGGUUAUGUUGUAAAAAUUGAGGAAAAUCGAAUUAAACCGAUUGUAAAAUUUGGACGAAAAUGCGAUGGUUUGUGGCAGGAAGAGAAAUGCGGUAGACCCUUGGGUUUGAAGUUUAACGAUAAGAAAGAACUGUUUGUAGCUGAUGCUUACUAUGGUAUUUUUAAAGUGAAUGUUCACACAGGACAAUAUGUAAAUAUAGUCAAUAGUUCUGAACCUAUUGAUGGAAAGACUGCAAAAGUCUUUAAUACAUUAGACAUUGCAAAGAAUGGAGAUAUUUAUUGGACAGAUUCAUCUACAGAUUUUUAUCUUCAUGACGGAAUGUAUUCAUUCUUUGCUAAUCCAUCAGGAAGACUUAUUCGAUAUAAUGCAGCAACAAAAAAGAAUGAAGUAUUAAUAAAAAAUUUAGGAUUUGCAAAUGGUGUCUUGUUAAGUGACGAUGAAAGCUUUGUAAUUGUAGGAAGCACUCUUAAUUUAAAAAUUCUGAAAUAUAAUCUAAAAGGUCCAAAAGCUGGACAACAAGAAAUCUUAAUAGAAGGUUUACCUGGUCUACCUGAUAAUAUACACAGUGAUGGACAAGGAGGAUUUUUAGUAUCUCUUAUUUCCGCUAUAGAUUCUGAACAUCCUGUUUUACCUCUGUCUUUUAUACCACAUCCGUACAUACGAAAGAUGAUAUCAAGAUUAAUUUAUUCAAUAGAAGGUCCAUUUAAAUUAUUGCAAGAUAUUUAUCCAAAUUAUUAUUCAGAAAGAGUUUUACAUACAGUAGGUUCGUUUGAAGUUGGAAAAUAUUUAACAUUGAAAACUGAUUCACUGAUACUUAGAAUGGAUAAAACAGGAAAAAUUUUGAAUAUUUUAUAUUCGGAAAAUGGAGAUGUUAGUUGCAUUUCUAGCGCUCAUAUAAAUGAUGGAUAUUUAUGGCUUGGUUCUCCUUGGAAUGAUUAUAUUAUGAGGAUCCCAUUACAGCAAGCAUUUCCGGAUUUAACAAUUAAUACAAAAUUUUCAGCAGAAAAGGAACAAAAACAGAAGGAACCGGUUUUAACAGUUUCAGCAACACCAAAUGUUAAAGUAGAAGCAAAACCUAUAAAAUCAACUAUUAAACAAGAUACUACAAAACCGCCUUCAAAAUCAACUGUCAAAGCACAAACAAAGCAAAAACUAAACUCAGAUGCAAUAACAUCUAAGCCUACAUCACAAUCUACCACUACCAGUACAACUUCAAAACCAACGUCAUCAUUACCUAAAGCAUCAACAAAAGAAGUUAAGAAAGAUAAUUUGAAGAAAACUGAGAAAGAUAAUCCAACGGAAAUUAAGGAUAAAUCACAGGUUAAAUCUGAAACAUCAAAACAAAUUAAUGAAGCAAGACUAAAAACAAAGUCCGACGAUUCCGUUAAGAAAGAUGUUCAAUUUACAAAAUCUAAACCUGUAAAAGAAAAUGAAGAUAAGACUAAAAAGUAAACCAGAACAAGUUGUCAGUCCAAGUUCACUAUAUUACUUUAUUCCGUGUUGAUGAAAUAUGUAAGUUCUACAUAUUUCAAAUAUAUUGAUUUAUUUGUUAGACUUUACGAAAUUUCGUAUGUAUUUCAUAGUUUUACUUUGAUAUAAAAUUUAGUUUUUACUUAUAUUCUUCAAACAAUGUUCAUCGAACAUAUGAUAUUUAAAAAAUAUUUUUUUCAUUUAUUAUAUAUUAACAUUGAUAUAAGCAGAAAAAAUAUUAGUGAUUUCAGAUCUGUACAUAAGAUUGAGAAUGAUGUUGUUUUUGUAAAACAUUUAAUAUUAUGAUAUAUAUAAUAUAAUAUUUAAUACAAACACAUGCAUAUAUAUUAAUAUAUGCAUAUGUAUGUAUAUAAAUUAUAAUUUUAUUUAGUUGUAUAAUGAAGAUGAGGUCCAAAAAGAAGAAAAUCCAUUUUGUUAUAAAUGUUUAUAUUCUUUUAAUAUUAAUUAACAUUCCAGAGAAAAUUGUAUAGUAAGAUUAUUAAAGUGAUCGUACUAUAAAUAAAAUAAUUUAUAUUAGAGAUCACAUUUGUUUAUAAAAUUUAAUUGAAUUUGUCAUAAAAUUUUUUUGUGAUUAUAAAAAUAGUAUGUGUAAAUCUUCCACUAAAUUUUUAAUUUCUAUUUUUGUAUGUGAUCUAAAAUAUUUUUCUACUUAGUGUAUACAAAUAUUAUACACAAUACAUGUAUGAAAAUAAGAUUUGUUUGCAGAUAUAUUUUAAUUUAUCUUUGGCUGGGUAUUACAUAUACAGAUUAAUUUUGAAUAUAAUGAUAUAAAACAAUAUUCUUAAUUUUAUAUAGAAUUUGGUAAAAGGUUGUACAAUUGGUACACAAAUAAACUUCUCCUUUUGUAAAUUGUCUUUUAUUUCCAUAAUUGCUUCUUCAGAAAUAAACUUAAUAUUCAAAAUUUUCAAGUACAUAUAUUUAAGUACUACUAUCUAUUUAUUACUACAAUAAAUAUUUUUAAUAUAUUAAAACGUAUAUCAACUUUAUUCAGAUUAAGAUUUAAAAUUAAGAGAAAGUUAAAAAAUGUAAUUAAAUAUUAAGUUGCCGCACUAUAAAUGUAGGCAGUAUUGACUUCAAUUUAUUAUUCAAAUUCUGUUGUAUUCUCCACAAUAGAGUAGAAUUUUUAAUAAAAUGCCAGUCUCCAUUUCUUUUACUUUGUGCCCACUUUUGUGCUUUCAAUAAACGCUUAUGAUAACUUAAGAUGUUUUUAUCAUGUAGUACAUCUUUUGUUACCAUAGCAAAACCAACUUUCGUUAAUUCCUCGCCAAUUUUUAUAUGUUCCUAUAUAAUGUAAAGUCAUAAAUUGAACUGAAAAGAUAAGUGAACUUAACAAAUGUUUCUCACCUUAUCUUGCUUCAUAGAUACUAAGCAAGUUACAUAGUCUUUCUCUUUAACUAAAGGUAUAAAAGUUAUUUCUUUUCCACUAACAAUCGUUUGCAACCAGCUAAUACCUAAAAAAAUAUAUUUUUUUUAUUUUAUUAAAGUAACAUAUCUAUAA